AUGACUUCCGUUAUUGUCAAAGUCACCCUCCCUCCCGCCAGCGACGCAGACGACGCCAUCACCCGCUCCCUUCUCCUUCCCGCCGAGCCCGCUCCUUCGUGGAGCGCCCUUGCCCGCCUCGUCCAAGACCGUUUCGGCCUCAACGCGACCCCCGCCGCCCUCACCUACAUCGACGGCCAGGAAGACGAAAUAACCGUGUCGGCCUCUGAAGAGGUCGCCGAAUUGUGGGCCACUGCGUUUGACGACGGCCCGCUUUCCCUCAGCAUCGGCCCCAGUCAGACCCGCGCUUCGACGAUCGACACCACCACCCUGCUCGCAUCGGUUCGCCACGCCCUCGAAAGCAACCCGUCCAUGGCACAUGACUUGCACAGUCUUGUCAAGUCUGUUGCUGGACCCGGCAAUUGCUCUCACCACUGCAAGGGUCGCCUAUCGUCUCUGCAUGGCUGCCACGCCCACAGGCGCCACGGCGAGACGAACGGCAAGUUUGGGCGGAGGCGCGGCGGGCGUGGCGGCGUUGCUGGCUUCCGAGGCCGCCGUUCAGCUCACCACAGCUUCGACUGCCCCGACGAGUCUUCAGGAUCCGAGUCGGAGACCCUCGACCAGGCCUCGGACGGCGAAGGCCCGGCACCUCUUUUCUCGAGGCAUCACGGCGCGCACCACGAGCAGGGGAGGCAUCGCCACCGCCCGCACCACGCUCUUGGCCCACCUCCGCUGUUCCCUCCUCCGCCACCGUUGGCCUUCGGCGGUUUCCCGCACCCUCCGCCCUUCCACCGGCGCUUCCCGUGA